CAAGAAGAGGACCGGCGAUUUGCCGAGCGCUUGCAGGAGGAUCUGCUCAUGCCGAAGGACAGUGGGCAAACAACCGCCUUGGCACGAAAGGUCGUCCUAUCGAUCUGGACCGCAGCACGUCGUUCUCGAAAGCUCCGCGAAGGGCUCGCGAUUCUUUCGGGCCAUGGUCGUGCCGGCAAACCAACCUUGAAGCCGAAAUCUCACCAGAAAGAGACCUUCGAUGCAGCCAUAGCCCGCCAACUCCAGAAUGAAGAAACACAAGCCCAAGAAGAAAGACUUCGUGAAGCAGCUUCACGCACCCGCGACUGCGCAGUCUGUGGGUAAUGUGCUUGUCCUUGUAGAGUGCCAUGCGAGGUUCUGCACUGUGGAUGAGGGAUCCUACCAUGAUGAUGAGACUCGUGAGAAGUAUGAGUACCGCACCGGCAGGCAGAAGGAGAGGGAUGAGGUGGAAGGAAGAUGAGGCUAGUGAGGAGGCAGUUGGGAAGUUGAUGAAGAGAAU